AUGGAACAUCCGUCCGCUGUCAUCAGCUUGAAUGCUCUUGCUGAUGACUUUGACCCCAAUCCCCUUCACAUUCCUCCUGCUUUUCCCUCGCCUUUGGGACAACGCGCUGGACAUUACACCCCCACUGAAGGCAGACCCAUACCAUCUGUGGAAUCCUCUUGGCCUGGUGCUAGAAGGCGAAAGCGCAGAUCUGGUGCUACUCUUCAAGGAAAUGGCAACGGCCCUAUCACAUCUACGAGCCCGUUUGAUCCUUUCGUAACGACAUCGACUCCGCUAUCCGCAGGCGGAGCUGUUGGCCCCGUUCAGCCAAAUCCAUAUUCUCAUGACACUGCAGCAGCACUCGGUGGUGCUGCUUUCUUCCCUGGCGCAGCUGGCUUUCAACAACCUGUCCAAUACCAUCUGUACGCUCCUAUCGGUCCUCAUAGCCAGAACACUCUGGGGUAUCAGCGCAAUGUCCACGAUUUGUUCCUCCCUAAUGACUUCCGCGAGGAGCUGCAGAAGAAAGCGGCAGCCACGCUGCAAACACUGCCCAGUAUAGCAGACACUCAAUUACCAGCUCAGAUUGACUACUUCCAUUCUCUUGUCCCGCUGGACCUGAACCACCAGAAGAAUGCAACUAUUUUUGGCUUUCCGAGUUGGGUGUACAAAGCGCAAUCCAGCAAAGAUGGAAAUUUCUACGCGCUCCGGAGAUUAGAAGGCUUUCGGUUGACGAACGAGAAAGCGAUUCGAUCCGUCCAGGCUUGGAAGCGGGUGUGCAACGGUAGUGUGGUGACAGUCCACGAUGCGUUCACCAGUAGAAGUUUUCAGGACAGCUCGCUGAUCUUUGUUACCGACUACCAUCCUCUUUCAAAGACGCUCGCUGAACAGCACCUUGGCGCCGGCCAACAAAGGUUUCAAGGUCGUCAGAAUGUGCACAUUCCUGAGCAGAUUCUGUGGGGCUAUAUGACCCAGAUUGCCAACGCAUUGAAGGCCAUCCAUAGCAAUGGUCUUGCAGCCAGAGUCAUUGAUGCAAGCAAGAUUCUAUUGACCGGCAAGAAUCGCAUUCGACUCAACGCCUGUGCUAUCAUGGAUGUGGUUCAGUUCGACAGCCAGCGUACAGUUACCGAUCUUCAGCGUCAGGAUCUGGUCAAUUUCGGACAACUCAUCGUCACGUUGGGUGCCAACUCGCCGACGGUCAUGCACAACCCUACGAAAGCUAUGGAGCACUUUACCCGUGCUUACAGUCCGCAGUUGAAGAACUCGGUAUUUUGGUUGCUGAACGGCAUGCAGAAAGAUCAGGAUCGAAAUAUUGACAUUUUCAUCACUGGUAUAUCUUCGCAGCUCAUGUCGACUUUUGACUCGGCACUUCACUUGGAUGAUCAACUUACAUCGGACCUGAGCCGAGAACUGGAAAAUGGCCGUCUUGUGCGACUGAUGACAAAGCUGAACUUCGUAAACGAACGGCCGGAAUAUGAGCAUGACAGACAAUGGUCCGAGAAUGGAGAGCGUUAUUUCUUGAAAAUUUUCCGCGAUUAUGUCUUCCAUCAGGUGGAUGUGCAGGGCGACCCCGUCGUCGAUCUGGGUCACGUGAUUUCAUGUUUGAACAAGCUGGAUGCGGGAACUGAAGAAAAGAUAACGCUGAUCAGCCGGGACGAGCAAAGCUGCUUCAUUGUCAGCUACAAGGAGCUGAAAAAGGCGCUCGAAUCUUCCUUCCAGGCGUUGAUGAAGCCCGCAAGAAGAAUGCAUUGA